CUUGGUCCCGGCGCGAGCGGCGGUGCGGCCACUGUCACCCGCGCCGCGAGCAUCUCGGGCGGAUCGGACGGGACGGGCUCCGGGCAGCCUGUGCGGUACCUCCCGCCCCACGCGCCCAGCCAGCGAGGGACACCCUACCCCAGGUCGGGGGUCGCGGCCGCUCCGGCAAGAGCUCACUCUGUGCUGCUGGCCACCCUUGAGCAUCUGGGAAGAUGAGCGGCUGUGGGAGGAAGGCCCUGACCCUGCUGAGCAGCAUCUUCGCCGUCUGCGGCCUGGGCCUCCUGGGCAUUGCUGUCAGCACUGACUACUGGCUCUACCUGGAGGAGGGUGUGGUUUUGCCCCAGAACCAGAGCACCGAGGUCAGGAUGUCCCUGCACUCAGGCCUCUGGAGGGUCUGCUUCCUGGCAGGUGAGGAACGAGGACGCUGCUUCACCAUAGAAUAUGUGAUGCCCAUGAACUCCCAGCUAAUGUCAGAGUCCACAGUCAGUGUUCUAAAGAUGAUUCGCUCGGCCACACCAUUCCCUCUGGUCAGCCUCUUCUUCAUGUUCAUCGGGUUUAUUCUGAGCAAUAUAGGACACAUCCGUCCCCACCGGACAAUACUGGCCUUUGUUUCCGGCAUCUUCUUUAUCCUCUCGGGCCUCUCUCUCGUGGUGGGCCUGGUGCUUUACAUCUCCAGCAUCAACGAUGAGAUGCUCAACAGGACCAAGGAUGCUGAAACCUACUUCAACUACAAAUAUGGAUGGUCAUUUGCCUUUGCUGCCAUCUCCUUCCUUUUAACAGAGAGUGCUGGGGUGAUGUCAGUGUACCUGUUCAUGAAGAGGUACACCGCCGAGGACAUGUACAGGCCUCACCCCGGGUUCUACCGCCCACGUCUGAGCAACUGCUCCGAUUACUCCGGCCAGUUCCUGCACCCGGAUGCCUGGAUCCGGGGCCGCAGCCCCUCUGACAUAUCCAGUGAUGCCUCCCUACAGAUGAACAGCAACUACCCAGCCUUGCUCAAGUGCCCUGACUAUGACCAGAUGUCUUCCUCUCCCUGCUGAACGCUCCCAACACCCACCUGGGACUGAGGACAGCCGAGGAACCCUUUCCUUCUCCCCUGCCAGCCCCUGAGCCCCAGGCCACCUCCUGCUUAGCCAUGCUUACUUGACCUUGUUCUCUCCCUGCUUUUCCCAAAACAGCUCUAGGGCGCAUCCUAUUGGAGCCUACAGCCAAGAAGCUCGCUGAUUGGCCAAGAAUAUGGGCAAAGCCCCACCUCUCGGGGGCCAAUCGCAGCAGUGGCUCUCAGAAGCCAGCACCCCCAUGCCAGGAGGGGACUGUGUUCCGGCUGUAUAUUGUUUCUGAACUCCCAGCUCGACGGCCCCAACCAAGGCCACCUCUGAGAUGCCAAGUUCCUGACACAGACACAGCCAGCCUCGAGUGCCCGCCAAGUGGCCUGGCCCUCGUGUUCAUGAUCUGGGCUGUGAGGACUAUUGGUGACUGAUAGGGAGGUCUGGGUGGCCCAGAAACGUCCUUUAUCCUGAAAUACUUUAUCCUGUCUGUCACCCACCUCCCUCCCCAAAACGCACCUGUCUGCGCACCCCAUUCCCAAGGUGUGGCCUUUCCUCCACCCAUCCCUCCAUAACCCAGAGUCCCUGACCCAGGGGCUGGGGUAGGGGUCUGAGGUCACGCUGAUUAAGUCACAAAGAGGUGUUAAUGGCUGAAGAUGUCUCAAUACACAUGGCCCCUUGGUGACAUAUUUAAUGGGGCCUUUAAUGCCUUAACCCAAAGAAGUGACUCUGACAAUGAGAAUCUGAGAAUUUGGUUGGUCUGAGUUCAUAGUACCAGCCACUGUGUCCAUUCCUGGGGGUACUGUCCCUGCAUACAAGGGCCAAAUUUCCCAUCCAAGGCCCUAAAUCUAAUCAUGUAGACUGGGGUCUCUGACACCAAGGAGAAAGCAGCAUUCAGAGGGACUGCCUGGGAUUUGGAGCCAGAUUGGGUGACACUUGGUGCAUUUUGAGCCUAAACAAGCCAGACUCAGAAUGAUCCAGCUGCCCUCCCUCAGGAUGCUAUGAACAUUUGGGGGUUGCCAAUUUAAUCCUAAUAUAGGGGAGCAUCUGCUCCCUCGUUAGGUGACAUAUGUAGUGAAUGAGAUGCCUCCAGAAGACUAGAUGUCCAUUUUCCUGGUGGGAAACUGAGGCAGGAGGUUGUCAGCCCCUUCCAUGAAGCCCCUGGGAAGAAACCAGCAAAGGGAGGAGCCACUGCCAACAGAGAAGCCCUCAAUUCUCCAGAUGCUGGCUCAGCUUGUACAUGUUUGAUUCUGGGAUUUUGAGCAGCAAAACUAUGCAGCUCUUUGCUGCAUAGUUUUGCUACAUCCACUUUUCUUUUGGUGUCUUUAGAACACCCUUGGGUCCUGCAUACACAAAGCCAUAGUGGGCGACUCUGGAGCUCCAGCAAGUAGUAUAAGAACCCAGCCAGCUGGGCACUGUGUUGGUCAGCUCAGGCUACUGUGAACUCCUCAGACUGGGUGGGUCCAACAACAAAAAUUUACUUUCUCACAGUUCUGGAGGCCACAAGCCCACCAUCAAGUUAUCUCCUGGCCUGGCUUCUUCUGAGACCUCUCCCCAUGGCUGGCAGGUAGCCACCUUCUUGCUGUGUCCUCUCAUUGUCUUUAUGCCCUUGUAUGCCUGAGGUCUCUGGUAUGUCUGAAUUCCCUCUUAUAAGGACACCAAUGAGCCAGGCAUGGUGGCACACACUUGUAAUCCCAGAGCUCUGGUAGGCUGAGACAGGAGGAUUGCAAGUUCAAGCCCAGCCUGGGUAACUUGGUGACCUAAUGAAGGCCCUCAGUUCAAUCUCUAGUACUGAAAAAAGAAAAUGGGAAGGGGUACCAAUCAAAUUGGAUUAUGGGAUUAGGGCCCAUCUUGAUUUAGUAGAGGAUCAAUUGUAAUUUAAUCACUUCUUCAACAGCCCUGUCUCCAAAUACAGUCACAUUCUGAGGUGCUGGGGAUUAGGGCUUCAGUGAACAAAUCUGAGGGAUGGCAUAGUUCACUCCAGAACAGGUAGGUUUUGUCAUAGCUGGGUGAUUCCAUUUGUCUCACUGCAUAGUAGAUGGGAACAUCUAGAGAGGCUAGUUUUUGUCCCAGUUCACCCACUGACUCACCACAGACCCUCGGGCAACCCUUUCCAGUCUGAGGGACUCGGUGGAAAUUAUCCCCAAGCCCAUUCCCCACACAACAACCCAGGACCCUAAUGAUUCAGUUCAUCUUGCUCUCAUACACAACUUUUCCGCCCUUGCCAGUAAACCAUGAGCAACCACCCAGUGCCAGCUCCCUACUCCAUGGAAAUCCUAGCAAUGACUGUCUCCUCCUUGGUCAUUGUUCACAGAGUAACACCUAAGCCACCACAUCCCUCAGGGCAAAGAAAUCCGUCAGUGUGCUUGAAAAUGGAUAGGUAGCGUUUCCAAGCUGGAUAAUUGUUCAGAUGUGCUCAACUCCAAUUUUGUCAAUGUAAUUAACUCCUAAGAUAUACUUUCUCUCUCUAAAAUGUUCUUUCUCUGUCAUUGUGCCAGGCUUGUUUUUGUGCACAUGGAAGAAAUAGAAUCCACUUCUAAAUACAAA